AUGGCAGGAACUACUGGAGACGAGCAGCUAUGCCAGGCGGUGCUAGGCUUCGUCGCUGAAGGCACGUAUCCUGAGGACAAUGUAGUUGCCGGCAAGUUCCCCGCAACUGCUCUCGCUAGGGAAUUGGAGCUUAUCUCGAAGGCGCGUAUUCAGGUGGAGAAUGAGAUCAGCUCCCUGAGUCGCGAGAACACCUUCGAUGCCGACGACUGGAUUAUUCAAGCGAAGCAACUGCACGCUGAUAUUGAGCGCUCGAGAUUGACCGCGCGAGAAAUUGUCGCGCAGCAUGAGCAGACCGGACCUCUGCAGGCGAAGGUUGAAGAUGCCAGGGCAAAAGUUGAUUUGGUUGAAACAGAGAUUGCUUUCAACCAGGCCGUAGCAGACACACUGGAAGAGGUGCAACGACUUUGCCAGGAGCUAGAGAUUGGACGAACUGCCCUCAAAAAUGGCCAGAUUACCACCGCCAUUGAACAAUUGGAGUCCACCGACGCGGCUAUUGGAAAGGAUGCGUUCUUCACCAAUACGAAUGUGAUGAGUAUACUCGCUGACGAGGUGUCACGGCUGCGAGGUGAGAUCGUGGAUGCGCUCCGUUUGCGCUGGGCGGAUCAAUUGAAGGUUGAUUCUCAACAAGGCGAAUUCCGGGUUUCCAGUGCAGAUGCAGAUUCUCUCGAGAGCACCAUCACGUCCCUCGCCCGACUCGAUAUAUUCGCAUCUGCCAAUGAGAAACUCCAAAAGGACUUGUUGUCGGUGAUUGUCAAUCCAAUCCUGCUACCUUACCCUCCGGGGACUAGGGCAAGCCAUGGGGUAGUUGUCACGGACACAGGCAUUCGCAUUAAGCCUGAGGCCUCAGAGACGACUGCUGAAGAGACAUUGGAUCGUCUAUCUAGUGUUCUGGGCUACUUGCGGCAAAAUCUCCCGUCGUCGGUAUCUGUAACUCUCUGUGAAUCCUUCAUUCCAACAAUCUCCUCGAAAGCGAUAUCAGAGUGGCUGUCUUCUGCCAUCCCCACUGAUCUAGAUGGACUCGCCGAUUUCGAAGGCAUUCUGGACCAUGUUCUACAGUUCACGAAGCAGAUAGACUCUUGGGGCUGGACUGGCCAAGAAGAACUCGUUUCCUGGGUCAACCAAGCCCCGCGGCUGUGGUUGACUCGGCGUAGAGUCGACUCGCUCGAUAGCGUUCGCAAAGUUCUUGCUGCCAGCCAGGGGACAACGAAACAGGUCGAACGAAUCGAAAAGGAAAAGGUCUCUCAGGCUGACGGCGCUCUUUUGGAAAAUGUCGUCCAGGAUGACUGGGACGCAAACUGGGAUGAAAAUGAAGAAGACACGUCUGAGAAAACAACGAAACAUGAUGAAGAGGAGGACGUCAGUGCGUGGGGUCUUGAUGACGAGGAUACUGAGGAGACUUCAGAUCAGGCCAAACCAGAUGAACCUCCUUCUAUGGAAGAAGACGAUGCCGAUGACGCCUGGGGUUGGGGUGAUGAUGAUGAAGAUGACAAAGGGCUCGAUAAGACGCCCUCACAACCCCACAGCACGACAACAGCAAACGAAGCCGGCAAAAAGAGCUUAGUUGGAUCUGCAUCACCCAAAGAGGUCACACUAAAAGAAGUGUUUACCAUCACCGACAUCCCCGAGUCAGUUCUCAGAAUUGUGCAGCAGCAAAUCACCGAUUCAAAGGAUAUCUCACAGCCUGCACAUGCCAAAUCCCGUGUCGCUUCUUCUGGUGCUGGUCUUCUUGCAUUACCAACCUUAAUCUUGGCUAUGUUUAAGGCUACAUCAUCGACAUUCUACACGCUGAAGCUGAACUCAGGGCAGAUGUACCUGUACAAUGAUAGUUUGUACCUUGCCGAUGAGCUUCGGAAAUUAAUGGAGGAACACGAAUUCUCGAGACUUCAGUCUGAUGUGGAUGCUCUGGAAAGAUUUGGCAAACUUGCGUACAGCAAAGAGAUGCAGACACAACGCACGAUAGUUACCGAUCUGCUGGAUGGGGCCCAGGGAUUCGUACAGUGCUCUGAGCAGCCAUUCCAAUCGGAUUGUGAGACAUCUGUAAGCGUCACAGUGGACCGGAUCCGCGAUGUUUACAAGGAAUGGCAGCCUAUACUGUCUCACUCUGCGCUGCUGCAGUCCGUCGGAUCUCUCUUGUCCACAGUGAUCAAUAAAGUGGUCAUCGAUGUCGAGGAUCUAGGUGACAUUUCGGAGGAUCAGUCCCGGCAACUGGUCUCCUUCUGCAACCAAAUCUCUAAAUUGGAGGACCUCUUUGCGCCCGAGGCGGGUGGCCCUGAGGCAAUGCCCGUCACCGCUAUAUAUGUUCCUAACUGGCUCCGUUUCCAGUAUCUGGUCAACAUCCUUGAGAGCUCUCUCGCUGAUAUCAAAUUCCUUUGGCUCGAAGGCGAACUGGGCUUGGAGUUCUCUGCUGAAGAAGUGAUUGACCUGAUCGAGGCCUUGUUUGCAGAGUCUGAUCACCGGCGACGUGCUAUUUCAGAGAUUCGAAGAGCGGCUAGAAGUGUGGAACCAUCUCCGCGCUCUGCGCAAGUGUGCCGCACGGGUCACCGUAUUUUUUCCUCACCCGCCGAAAAUGCGACAGCCACCAAGAAAAGAUUCCAUCUGCAACAUCGGAAACAAUUAGAACUCGAUUCUACAAUGAGUGACGAUCUGAUGACUGCUGCCGCAGAGUCUGCGCAGAGGCAGGUUCGAGUGCAGCUUACCAGCCAACAGGAAGAUAUUGCUCUACCUGAAAGCACCGGCCCAAUUCUCGUUCCUACUGGUCUCCGACGUUAUGCUCUGUCCACACUAGUGAACAACCUGCUCUCAAACGAAAAGCCCAUUCCGUUCGAGUUUUUGAUCAAUGGAACGUUCUUGAAGACUUCGAUUGAUGAAUACCUGGUCUCCAACGGCAUCUCUGCUGAGACGACGCUCGAGAUUGAGUAUGUUCGGGCCUUGAUUCCGCCUCUGCACAUCGCCUCAUUCCAGCACGAUGACUGGGUUAGCGCGACAGACGUCCUUUCUAGUACUUCAUCUGCUGCAUCCUGGGCAUCAGGUGCGACUUUCACCAAGGGCCAGGAAAGAAUCCUAUCAGGAAGUUAUGAUGGUCUACUUCGGAUCUGGAACAUGUCAUCUGAGACUAUUGCGACCUCCCCUGCCGCCGCCGACGGAGGCCACACUGCGUCCAUCAGAGCCGCCAAGUUUGUUUCCCCGAACCAGAUCGCAUCGGCUGGUCUUGAUCGCACGGUCCGUCUGUGGAAGUAUACCGAGGGUGAGGGUGGCUUUGCUGGAAAGAUUUCUCCCCAGUUGGAGUUGUACGGUCACAAGGGUGGCAUUGAGUCACUAGCAGUUCAUGCCAAGUCCAACCGUCUGUUGACUGGUUCCGCAGACCACACUGUUGGAUACUGGUCGACCAAGAAGGCCGAUGCCCCGGCAGCACCGGAAAACUUGCUCCCAUCCAGCAAUGCUCGGAACACAAAGCGCCGAAAGUUGAACACAUCAGUCAGCACGCCACAGCGUGGUCCUUUGGCCCUUCUUUCGGCCCACACAGCACCCGUCUCCGCCGCUAUCUUCGAUGGAAAGGAUGCUACUGUUGGUUACUCUGCCUCAUGGGACCACUCGUUGCGGACCUGGGAUUUGGUCACUAGCGCUUUGGUCGACACUCGCACCACAUCACACUCGCUCCUCUCCCUCGAACACCUGCCCGAGCUCAGCCUUUUGGCUGCUGGUACUGCCGCCCGCCACAUUACUCUGAUUGACCCCCGUGCAUCUGCUACGACCGUGGCUGCCAUGACUCUCCGUGGUCACACUAAUGCUGUUGUCAGCUUGGCUCGUGACCCCCACAGCACAUAUGGUCUCAUCAGUGGUAGCCACGAUGGUACGUGCAGAAUCUGGGACAUUCGAUCCACCAAGACCGACAAGGAAGGUGUUGUUGGUGAGAGUGUCUACUCGAUUACUCGCAAGAGCCUCGAGGAGGAGGGCAAGUCGGAUAGCAAGCGGGUCGGAGGUGAAGGUGUGAAGGUCUUCAGUGUGUGCUGGGACAAGACGGUGGGCAUUGUCAGCGCUGGUGAGGAUAAGAGUAUUCAAAUCAACCGUGGUGAAGGCGUACUGUCUUCAAAGGCAUAA